GGCUCAGGGGCCGUGAGUUCCCCAAGGACUGCGAGUGAACACCCAAAUGAAAACCAGAGUUCUAUUCAGGGAGAGGAUGGAGGUAAAGACCAAGGCACUCCUGAUAACUUAGAAGCGCAGUGCCCAGGAGGCAGGCUUUGUUGUGGCUGGGUUUUGCCAGGGCUGCCCACCUCCACCCAAACACACCUAUGCCCUGUUCUUUGGCCAGCAACGCCGUCUCCGCCCGCUGGGGGGCGGGGCUGGAGGGCGAGACCGGUGGCUCGAGAGCCAUCAGUUCCUACCAGACUCCGCUGGAGUGCCGUCCUGCCCAUGGCUGGACAUAGACCCUCAAACCUGUGCCCCCUCCCGGGCAUUAGCGGGGGCAGCCCCGGAGGUCCAGUGCCAAUGCGACUUGACACUCCAACCUGGAUGGGCACCCAGUCGUGCCCUGGCAGCCUGGUGAUCUGGCCACAGGUCGUGCCGGCAAUUGGGCCAGGAAUCUACCCAGGCCCUAAGGUUUGGGGAGUGCCGCUGGGCCACCCAUCCUACGAAUUGUGGGGCCAAGUGGCUCACUGCGGGUCCUGGCUUGGAGCUGGUGAGGCAGGGACCCACUUCUGGAGCUCCCCAGAGGGCACCUGGGCGGGACCUUACUUCGCCCUGCGGUGCAUCCCCAACUUGGCGCUGCCAGAGGACAUCUCAGCUAUUGAGAAAGAAAUGAAGCAGCUGGCCAACGAGCUGAGGCAGAAGAGGCUGACCCUGGGCUAUUCGCAGGCGGACGUGGGCUUCGCCGUGGGAGCGCUGUGUGGGAAGGUGCUCAGCCAGACCACCAUCUGCCGCUUCGAGGCUCAGCAGCUGAGCCUGGCCAACAUGUGGAAGCUGCGACCACUGCUGAAAAUGUGGCUGCAGGAGGUGGAUGAGAAGAACCUUCUGGGCUUAUGCAAAAUGGAGAUGAUCCUACAGCAGAGCCGGAAGCGGAGAUGUGUCAGCAGGGAGAGACGGAUCAGAAACCACCUGGAGAGAUUUUUUCUGCAGUGCCCCAAGCCCACGGCCCAGCAGAUCAGCCGCCUUGCAGGCCACCUUCGGCUGCAGCAGGACGUGGUCCGGGUGUGGUUCCUUAAUCGGAGCAGGAUGGGCAGUGGGCCCAGCAGCGAGGCCUUGGCUCCGGAGGCUGUGGUGGCCACCAAGCCUCCUUUUCCAGUCCCUCCCGUGGGCUUCCCGCUGUGCCCUGGGCUCCAUUUUGAGCUCCCUCUCUCUGGGGGGUGCUGCUUGACACCUCUCUAUUCCCCUGGCCCUGUGUCCACGGGGAUGGCCCUCCUGCCGGCCCCCAUCGCCACCGUGGGCCUCCCCAGACUUUCCAACUAAGGAGCUGCCUCUCCAGGAAGGUCAGGGACACUCCACUGGGCAGCUGGACUCUGGUUUCAGCAUUAAGUUCACAUGUACAAGUUAGGAGAGCUUCACAGGGAUGAGGAUGGGAGUUUAGGAAAAGGGGGGAGGGAGGUUGGAGCUGUUGCUUUGUGUUUCUCCCUAGCGUUGCUUGUAAAGUAUAGUCACCAUGUAUAGCUAAAUGGUUCUACUAUUUUGUUUCUCUUUGUUGUUAAUUGAAGAUUCAUUAUGUCUGUUAUUCUUUGUGGUUAGCAGUAAACAAUAGGGUGUUUUUUUCUUUAUAAACAAAUAUAAAAUGAAAAACUCAA